AUGCAAGCAAGGUUGAAAAGGCCAAUGCAACAAGACCCGAUGAUAAAUGAGCAAAUCUUAAGAGAGUUAGAAGAAAUAAGAGAAAUGAUGACCACCAGAAGAGAAGGAGGAAGGCGACAAUUGGAUAAGGCCAUUGAAGAAGCAGGAAAAAAUCCAUUUGCGAGACAAAUACAGUUGACGGGAAUACCUCCUAAAUGCAAUUUACCUGUGUUCACUAAUAUUUUUGAUGGUAAAACCUGUGCGGUACAACGCAUAAAAGCUUAUGUGAGAUCUUUAUUACAGUGGGAAUAUCAUGAUGCGGUUCUAUGCAAGUAUUUUCCAUCUAGAUUAUCAGGAGAAGCUCUGAAGUGGUUCGAGGGCUUACCCCCAGGAACGAUAAGAUUAUUUAACCAUCUACCGUCAAUAUUCCUAGGAUCAUAUAUCAGUAAUAAUGUAUUACGUCCAGGCAUAGAAGAGGUGUUUGGUCUGCGAAAAAGGACAAAUGAGAGCUUGCGAAGCUUAACCAUGCGAUGGAGAACCAUGUGCAGUAACAUGGAUGGUCGAGUAGAUGAGAGAAACUUCAUACUAGCAUUCAUUAAUACACUCUUUGCAACAGACUUGCUGUACAUACAGAUAUUCAGAAUCAAAAAUACCAUAUCAAUGACGGAGCUACGCGAGUAUCAGGAGGAGUACAUUGCUCUUGAAGAGAAACAUAACAAAAUGGAAUCCUAUCUGUCGCGAAUACAAGUACAAAAGCUGGGGAAUGCAAGUCUACUCCCAAAAAUAACGAACACAGUCGCAAGCACAUCUCAAGGAAAACAAGAAAAGGUGGUGGUUGAAUAUUAA